CUCCAAUACCAGUCAUGAAUGUUUUCUCUACUCUCUCAUGGUCAUGGCCAUACUUCUCUCCCUCUCCCCCCAUCCACCAAAACCCCCCCGAAACCCUAACCCUAAUACCCUCAAACCCAUCUCUCCAUCUACCUUCGACCCAAAUACUCUUCUCAACUCAUCCAGGCGACAUUUCAUCCUCAACUCCAUUUCACUCUGUUUCCUUUCCUCAACUUUCAAUUGCUUAUUAAUUCCCAUAUGCACAGCUGAAACAUUGCCUUCCAAGUCAAUACUUUCGGCCAUUGCCAACACCAAGUCUUGGUUUCAGUUCUAUGGCGACGGUUUCGCCAUUCGCGUCCCCCCUCAGUUUGAAGACUUGACGGAGCCUGAGGAUUAUAAUGCUGGAUUAUCCCUUUACGGAGAUAAGGCUAAGCCAAAGACAUUCGCAGCCCGAUUUGCAUCUCCCGAUGGAUCUGAGGUUGUAAGCGUUUUAAUUCGCCCAUCUAAUCAACUAAAGAUCACUUUCUUAGAGGCCAAAGAUAUUACAGAUUUGGGUACGUUGAAGGAGGCAGCAAAAAUAUUUGUUCCUGGUGGUUCAACUAUAUACUCUGCUCGCACAAUCAAAGUUAGAGAAGACGAAAGUUUCAAGACUUAUUACUUUUAUGAGUUUGGUAGAGAUGGACAGCAUGUUGCGCUCGUAGCUGCUGUUAAUAGCGGAAAGGCAAUUGUAGCUGGAGCAAGUGCCCCCCACUCAAAGUGGGAGGAUGAUGGUGUGAAGCUUCGUUCUGCUGCCGUAUCCCUGACUGUUUUAUGAAUUGUGAUCCGCCAUGGGAUUCUAACAGGUGGAUAACAUCAUUUGCAAAUUCAUGCUCUAGUGCAACGUGUCGAUGAAAUCAAGAAAUCUGGAGCCCCUUUUCUGCAAAUUUUAGGUCAAGUUUGUCAGAUUUGAUGCCAAAAGAUGAAACUUUCCCAGAUUUCAGGUUGUAGUGAGUUGGAAGUUGCGAACAUGAGCCAAAUUCUGCCACAGGUGUUGAUUGUUUGGCAAAAUUCGGACUCAGAUCUGUGAUACCAUCUCGGCCACCAGAUUUUGGGCAUUCUUCUUACUUCACACUCUGCUUCAAAUAUUGCACCAAUUGCACAUUGGAUUCCUUAGUAACCUAUGGUAGAAAAAGUACCCUUCAUUGUUAGGUAAUGGUUUAGACCGUUUAGUUGUAAGAACUGCCAAUAUGCAAGUUUGUGUUCAUGAUGUCAUUGUUGACCUUAUUGGAGUGGAAGUCAACUGAUUUUGGGGUUAAUUUUGAGGAUUGCAGAUGUAUGCGGCACAAAAUCAUUUCCCAAUUUUGAUUUGCUAGCUGUAGUCUCUUCA